AUGGAGACUCCAACUACGAAGGAGCUGCUGAAGAAGUUGAUAGAGCUAGAGGGAAGUCAUAAGCAUCUAAAGCAGGAGAUGUCUAGGCUCAAGGUCUCGACGGAGCUUAGGCAGCGAUCACAUUCGAACAGGUCGAUGAGUUUGAGAGCUGGUGAAGCCAGGAAGUUCACGAGUAAACAGUAUAUGAAUAUUUUGCAGUCCAUGGCACAAUCUGUCCACGCCUUCGAUCUCAAAAUGCGAAUAAUCUUUUGGAACGCGACCGCGGAGAAGCAAUUUGGGUACUCAGCUGCAGAAGCAGUUGGACAGAACCCGAUCAACGUAAUGGUAGAUGAUAGAGAUGCUGCCUUUGCGAUGAAUGUUGCUCAACGCUGUGCUAAUGGAGAGAGCUGGACCGGUGAGUUUCCGGUCAGGAGGAAAACCGGGGAGAGAUUCUCAGCUGUCACUACGUGUUCACCAUUUUACGACGAUGACGGUUCUCUUAUUGGCAUCAUUUCUAUCACUAGUGACACGGCGCCGUAUCUUCACCCUAGAAUCUCUUCCGCUCAAGUUGAGACGAGCUCAGUCUCUAGCAUUACAGGGAAGAGUUUUGUCUCUAAAGUUUGUUUGGACUCCUCCAAAGAAGCUGUCAUGUCAAAGUUAUCAGAUCUGGCAUCCAAGGUCAUGUCAAAAAUGCGACCAGGUGAUACUCUCUCUGACCACGGGGACGAUGCAGCAUCAAGGACAUUAGUUGUGGAUUUUAUACAUUGUCCUUUUGGUGUAUUCACACGUGACGUUGACGCUGAUGAGAGGAAUGGAAAGUCUGCAAUCCGCAAGGUUCUGACCUCAAAAUCUGAAGAAUGGAUGGAAAAGAAACGUUUGUUGUGGCCAUGGAAAGGAAAUGAACAAGAGAAAGAUGAGUCUAGCAAGAAGGAGGCUUCUAGUUCGUGGUCUUCCUCUACAAUUACGAACAGCACAGGCAACACUAGUAGCAGUAGUGAUAUAAACAAGGUUGAUCCAGAUAGCGAGUGCUUGGAUUAUGAGAUUUUAUGGGAUGAUUUGACAAUCGGAGAUAAAAUUGGACAAGGUUCGUGUGGAGCUGUCUAUCACGGUCUCUGGUUUGGAUCUGAUGUUGCUGUAAAAGUCUUCUCAAAGCAAGAAUAUUCAGAAGAGCUCAUACAAUCGUUUAGAAAAGAGGUAUCAUUGAUGAAAAGACUUAGACAUCCUAAUGUUCUGUUGUUUAUGGGAGCUGUGACUUCGCCUCAGCGUCUCUGUAUAGUGUCAGAGUUCCUUCCACGUGGAAGUCUCUUUCGUCUACUGCAGAAGAAAACGUCAAAACUGGAUUGGAGGCGGCGUAUUCAUAUGGCCUUGGACAUUGCUCGCGGUAUGAACUAUCUUCACUCUUGUAGUCCACCCAUCAUCCAUCGUGAUCUCAAGUCGUCAAAUCUGCUUGUAGACAGGAACUUGACCGUUAAGGUAGCUGACUUUGGUCUUUCGCGUAUCAAACAUGAGACAUACCUAACCAGCAAGUCCGGAAAGGGAACGCCUCAAUGGAUGGCACCAGAAGUUCUUCGAAAUGAGUCUGCUGAUGAGAAGUCUGACAUCUACAGCUUUGGAGUAGUACUGUGGGAGCUUGCCACAGAGAAGAUCCCAUGGGAAACUCUCAACUCUAUGCAGGUGAUCGGAGCUGUAGGGUUCAUGAACCAGAGGCUGGAAAUUCCAAAGGACAUUGAUCCUUGUUGGAUCUCAUUAAUCGAGAGCUGUUGGCACAGCGAUACAAAGCUGAGACCCACAUUCCAAGAACUGAUGGAGGAACUAAGAGACCUGCAAAGAAAGUACACAUUACAGUUCCAAGCGACUCGUGCUUCCUUACUUGACAAGUGA